AAAAUUAGAGUAAAAUUUUCAGCCAAUCAAAUGGCUUUCCACCCUUUAGUGACUCCACCAUGAUGCAUUUCUCGAUCAUUCUCUCGCCAUGGCCGUCUGUGAGAGGUCUUCAUUCACUAACUCUAAAGUGGUGGCAGACGAGUGGCUCAGCUGUUCUGACAGAAGAAGCGAUCCCGCCCCUGGUGCCCUACACAGCCUGACACCCCAGAACACCUGCUCCAAUACUGCCCUCGUCACCACUCACACCGUGUGGCCCUCCUCCACUCACUGUCUGCAAUUCACUCGCACAGGCCAACACUGACUGACCUGGGUGGCUGCACAAAUACCAAUCAGGCUUUUUUUUUUUUUAUGGCUCUGAACCUCACCAGAACCUCGCUACAGAAAACAAAUCCACUCCACCGCAUAUAGUCUGAACACGUCACCACCGCAUACGGGACUUUUGGGGCACUAGAGGCUGUGACACACAGCCUGCACGGUCCCAACCAAUCCCCAAGAAGAAGAAGCGAUCCCAAAGAGUAACGCAGUGGAAAGACAUGCAAGCUGUGGAGGGGACGUAGCCUGUCAUCUUUAUAAGCUUCAGUAAAGAGCAGCCAAGAAAUACAAGUUGCUGAGAAGGAAGCUGGAAUCCAGUAAUCUGGACCAUGGAGCAUCUGGCACAGCACCACAUAGCAGCCAUCAAGGCUCUUCCUCAGGAUAGUUUCCUUACUGGACUUGAAGCUGGCCUGCAGAGUCUGUCUGAGAAGAGUACGAAUGUGGAAAGGCCAUCUUGGUAUAGUGUGGAGGUUCCCAAGAACUCUGAGACAGAAGCUUUCCGAGCAAUGUGUGAGACCCUAGCAAUGAUGGGGCAGCCUGGAGGACCCACUGAAAAGGAACUGACUGCCCGGCUGAACUCCUCUGGUCUCCAAGAAGACAGGAUACGACUCUUGCUGACUCAGCAUGAUCAACUUGUGAAGUCAAGCAAUGUACAAAAGCAAACCAGCAUUCCAUCAGAAGAACUAGUGGACAUCCACUGGAAACUUGGAGUGGUGGCAGGCAGCAGUGAGGAGGGAGAAGCAGGGAGGACAUUUGUACAAGUGAACUUCAUCUGUCAAGCUCCAGGAGGAAGCAGGAGUGCCAAAUUAGUUGAAAUGUCUCUAGAUAAGUUUUAUGAUUUCCUGCACCAGUUUGAGAAGUGUAAAGCAAGCCUAGAGCACAGCCAUCUUCUCUAGCAUCAACCUACCCCAUCCUGUGGACAUUGAAGCAUCUUCAGACUUCUGGUGGUACAUAUGCCUCAUCCACAACUCUUGGUCUCUUCUUCUUGGGAUAAGCAGGAGAUUUCUUUGGAUAAAACCUGCAGGAGAUAAUUGAAAUAAAACACAAUACUAGAUGUCUUGUAUCCACUUAGAUUAGAUUAUUGUGAAGUAUGUAAACAGGAUUAAUAAUAGCUGGUUGGUGAAACCUCAAAAUUGAUUUAUCAAUAUCAAAUUAAUUAAUGUUACGAGAAACUUAAUAUCAGAUGGUAAACUUCAACUGCUUAUGAGAAUUUGAGCCACUUUCUAAAGUACAAAAAUGCUUCAUCACAAUUUGACAGUAAUGUCUAGCUAAAAAGCAUCAUCUUGAGUUACAAGCUGUAGAUCUGGACUUACUUCUUUCUUUUAUCAGGCAGCAACAGACUCAACUUGUUCAUGUUGUCAAAGAAGAAUAUGACUUCCUCUUUUCCAGCAAGAUCCUGUUUCUUGUGCUCUAUCUCGGCCAUAAGUUUCUUUUUUCUGUACUCCUCUACUUGUUUCUGAUAUUCUUCCUCUCUCUCCUUCUCCCAUCGGCAGUAAUUUUCUUCCUGAGAAGCAUACAAAGGCUCAAGUAAAAGUUCACAAAUACUUUUAAAACAUUGUAUACAAUAAACUAUUUUAGAAGAGA